AUGCAGAAACAAGACGGGCAGCACUCAUCCAGACCCAGCAGUGAUAAUCCAUCGCACAGAGACGCUGAACUCUCUCCGCUGUCAAGAGCAUUACAGUCUCUUGACGCCAGCCACCAACAGCAAAUCUCAUCAACGCCAGAUGAGGUUGGCAGCAAGGCGAAGACAGCAGGCCCGCCUCCUGCACGGCCGCCUCCCAAGGCUGCUGCAGCAGAACCCCCGAAAGCCGCUCCACCUCCACCGCCAAAGGGAGCAACAGCAACGCCUGCAGACGCAGGAGCAGCAGCAUCGAAGCAGGAGGCCGAACGUGCUGAGCGUGGCGGUGACAAAGGAGGCAAGGGGCAGGCUGCAGAGGAGGAGGCCGAACGUGCUGAGCGUGGCGGUGACAAAGGAGGCAAGGGGGAGGCUGCAGAGGUUGCAGGGAAGGCGAAGACAGCAGGCCCGCCUCCUGCCCGGCCGCCGCCCAAGGCUGCUGCAGCAGAACCCUCGAAAACCGCUCCACCGCCACCACCAAAGGCAGCAACAGCAACGCCUGCAGACGCAGGAGCAGCAGCAGCAGCAGUGGGCGAGGAGGUUGUGUAUGGCCCUUUGACGAAGGAGGAGGCCGAACGUGCUGAGCGUGGCGGUGACAAAGGAGGCAAGGGGGAGGCUGCAGAGGUUGCAGGGAAGGCGAAGACAGCAGGCCCGCCUCCUGCACGGCCGCCGCCCAAGGCUGGUGCAGCAGAACCCUUGAAAACCGCUCCACCGCCACCACCAAAAGCAGCAACAGCAACGCCUGCAGACGAAGGAGCAGCAGCAGCAGCGGGCGCGGAGGUUGUGUAUGGCCGUUUGACGAAGGAGGAGGCCGAACGUGCUGAGCGUAGCGGUGCCAAAGGAGGCAAGGGGGAGGCUGCAGAGGUUGCAGGGAAGGCGAAGCCAGCAGGCCCGCCUCCUGCCCGGCCGCCACCCAAGGCUGCUGCAGCAGAACCCUCGAAAGCCGCUCCUCCGCCACCACCAAAGGCAGCAACAACAACACCUCCAGACGCAGGAGCAGCAGUAGCAGCAGUGGGCGAGGAGGUUGUGUAUGGCCCUUUGACGAAGCAGGAGGCCGAACGUGCUGAGCGUGGAGGCGAGAAAGGAGGCAAGGGGGAGGCUGCAGAGGUUGCAGGGAAGGCGAAGACAGCAGGCCCGCCUCCUGCCCGGCCGCCGCCCAAGGCUGCUGCAGCAGAACCCUCGAAAGCCGCUCCACCGCCACCACCAAAGGGAGCAACAGCAACGCCUGCAGACGCAGGAGCAGCACCAGCAGCAGCAGCGGAGGAGGUUGUGUAUGGCCCUGUGUAUGGCCCUUUGACGAAGAAGGAGGCCGAACGUGCCGAGCGUGGAGGAGACAAAGGAGACAAGGGGGAGGCUGUAGAGGUUGCAGGGAAGGCGAAGACAGCAGGCCCGCCUCCUGCACGGCCGCCGCCCAAGGCUGGUGGAGCAGAAUCCUCGAAAGCCGCUCCACCGCCACCACCAAAGGCAGCAACAGCAACGCCUACAGACGAAGGAGCAGCAGCAGCAGCAGUGGGCGAGGAGGUUGUGUAUGGCCCUUUGACGAAGGAGGACCGAAGGCGAAGACAGCAGGACCGCCUCCUGCACGGCCGCCGCCCAAGGCUGCUGCAGCAGAACCCUCGAAAGCCGCUCCACCUCCACCGCAGCAGGCCCGCCUCCUGCCCGGCCGCCGCCCAAGGCUGGUGCAGCAGAACCCUCGAAAACCGCUCCACCGCCACCACCAAAGGCAGCAACAGCAACGCCUGCAGACGCAGCAGCAGCAGCAGCACCACCAGCAGCAGCGGAGGAGGUUGUGUAUGGCCCUUUGACGAAGGAGGAGGCCGAACGAGGAGGCCGAACGUGCCGAGCGUGGAGGCGACAAAGGAGGCAAGGGGGAGGCUGCAGAGGUUGCAGGGAAGGCGAAGACAGCAGGACCGCCUCCUGCCCGGCCGCCGCCCAAGGCUGCUGCAGCAGAACCCUCGAAAGCCGCUCGACCGCCACCACCAAAGGCAGCAACAGCAACACCUCCAGACGCAGGAGCAGCAGUAG